UCUUAGACACACAAAUAACAACCUAUUUUGGCCAACCGCUACUUUCGCUGAUGCUGCAAAUGUUAGAAGCAGAAGCUUUUGCAAGAAUCCUUUGAUCUCAGAUUUCACCAACAUCACAUAACAGCCACACACUUGGCCAAAUUAUCACUCCAUGAGGACUCAACUUCUUAGUCCUUACAAGCUGCAAGCUUUAUUGCAUCGUGUCGCUGACCUUUUCCUUGGCCGUUAAUUUUGGUGUUCAUAGUGCGAAUAUAACUCUCACGAAUUGCAAUUGGGUCCCCUGCAGAGGCUGGCCAACCUGAUGCAAUUAGAGCAGCAUUUGCAGAAUUUUUCUCCAUGAUCAUUUUCGUUUUUGUUGGGGAAGGAUCUGGCAUGGCUUACAGCAAGCUUACCAACAAUGGACCUGCAACACCUACUGGUCUAAUAGUUGCAUCACUGUCUCAUGCAUUUGGGCUUUUUGUGGCUGUUUCUGUUGGGGCAAACCAUUCUGGUGGUCAUGUGAACCCUGCAGUCACAUUUGGUGCCUUUAUAGGAGGAAACAUAACCCUGCUGAGAAGUAUUCUGUAUUGGAUUGCACAGUUACUUGGUUCAGUUAUUGCAUGCAUUCUUCUCAAGUCUGCAACUGGUGGAAUGGAAACAUCAGGCUUUUCUCUGUCCCCUGGUGUGUCUGUGUGGAAUGCAUUGAUUUUUGAAGUUGUGAUGACUUUUGGUUUGGUAUACACAGUUUAUGCAACAGCAGUGGAUCCAAAGAAAGGGAAUGUGGGAAUUGUUGCUCCUAUUGCAAUUGGUUUGAUUGUGGGAGCCAAUAUCUUAGUUGGUGGUGCUUUUGAUGGUGCAUCAAUGAACCCAGCUGUGUCCUUUGGCCCUGCUGUGGUUACAUGGCAAUGGACUCAUCACUGGGUCUAUUGGGCUGGACCAUUCAUUGGUGCAGCCAUUGCUGCAAUUAUCUAUGAUAACAUCUUCAUUGGUGAUGAUGGUCAUGAACCUCUUUCAAGCAGUGACUUCUAGAGUUUGCUUUCUGAUAAAUGUUAAUGUGUUCUUGUGUUGUUCUUCAUAUUGAGGAGUGAAUAAAAUUGCUGAAGGUUUAAGAAUUAAAAGGAUUCUUAGUACUCUAUUUUUCUGUUGUAGGAAUUAAGAUUUCUCUUUUUCUGGUGUUGUAGAGAUGAACAAGGAAUUUUUAGAUGUAAUAUUUACUGUUAGACCAAUGAGUUGCAGUCAUUUUUAA